AUGUUCGAAGAGGAUGCUAGAACUGGACUGCCGAUCAAACUAACAAAGCAGGAGAAGGCGGAGCAGAACAGCAGCCAAAGCAGCCCCACAAAACGAAAAGCAACCAAGGCGACAGGAAAGAGAACAGGUGGGAAACCAACAAGGAAAAGACAGACGCCACGAGGAAUGAGUCAGCAGACCCCGAAAAACAAGCAAACCACAACAAGCAACGCUAUCGACUUAACAUCCCCAACAGAAGACGAGACAACGGAAAACAAUGAGAUACUAUUCGUGAAAAGCAACGACAAAGAGACACAAGAAAAAGGAGACGAACAACUACAAAAUGACGAGGAGCACGAGACAGUGGAUGACAACAACGAAAACAACGAAGGAGGAGCAAAAACAGAAAAGUAG